UCCAGUUCUAGUAUAAAUAGCCAUAGUAAAUCGUAAAUUGGCACAGUUCAACUGAAACCCUCAUCAUGCAUUCUCUACGACUCCUAGUUCUUCUUGGUGUUCUGGUGGCCACUCAGGCCAGAGUCCUAGACCAGGACAAGGGUCCGGUUGCCGUUUCACCUCAAGACACCAAACCCGUGGAGGUCAAGCAGGAAGUGGCCAACGAAAUACUGGAAUCCAAGCCGCAGCAGGCUGGCUCUCCCACCUCCCAAGAUCUUCCGGAAAAUCAACCUACUGUAGCUAAUGAAACCGUUGCAGUCAAGGAGGGUCCAGCUCAGGUGGCGAACUCCGCAACUCCAGAAGUGCAGGAAAGCCAACCCCAAGUGGUUUCAUUUGUAGACACCCAUUCCGUUGAAGCUGCAUCAGAAGUUACUAAGGAAAACGAGGAAGCAAUUGCCGCUCAGACCACCGAGAAAAAGCAGCCCACUUCCAAUGAGAUACCCAAGGAUCAGGAGCCUCAAAACCAUCCCGAUGUCCAAGGACGCGACAAUAAGUUCCAGUUCGUAUACGAGCAACCUGGUCAAAACCAAAACCAGAUUCCACAGAUAAGCAUUCAAGACCUGGAAAAGAUAUUCAAGUAUCAGGGAGUGCAAGUGAUCAACGGAUCUCAAUCAUUGAACCAGUAUCCGAGCUUUUACCCGAAGGUGGAAUACGUUUCUGUGGUAAACACCUCAGGUGCCGAUGUGACCCAGGACAUCCACAACCACACGCACUACUAUGCCAACCAGAAGAAGCCCGGAUUUCCCUUCCCCUUCCUGCCCAAUCCCUUCCAGAAACAGGAACCCGCCUAUGUCUACCUGAACUCCACGGAUAACGUGACGUACCACACUCACAUCCACGAGGAGACCAAGCCGUUUCCCUUCCUGCCCAAUCCCUUCACGGACUUCCCCAAGGUUGUGGGCCUCAGCUUGGUGCUCCUCCCGAAUCCCUUCUAUGUGAACAAGAACCAGUACGUGAACCAGUCGCAGGUCGGAAGCCUGCCUGCUGGAUACCAGGAGACCGGGGAGUACCAGUACUUUGGAAAGCUCCGUUCCUUUUCCGAGGAAACCCAGAAGCAGCAGCAGCACCAGCAGCACCAGCAGCAGAAGCAACAACCGCAGCAGCAGCAGGCUCAGAAGCCCAAUUUCUACCUCAUCCCCAAUCCUCUGGCCAGUCAGGCAUCCGGUGAUGGUCAAAAGGCAGAUGCCAAUGUGCUGCUUCCCGUAAAUCUGGCCGCUCUCCCACUUCUGGUUCCGGCUGCUGAGCUGUUCCAGGGCAAGGAUUCCCGCUCAACAAGCAUCAGUAUCCAGGAUCUGAUCAAGGCCUCCAAUGUCCAUGUGAGCCAGCCCAUUAAGCUGGCGGCCAACAAUGGCUUCACGCAAGUUCAGAAGGAGCAGGCUGCCAUCCAGCAGCUGAUCCUCAGCCAUCUCAGCGAGCAGCAGAAGCUCUUCCAGAAGCAAUCCGUUGCGGGCGGAAAGCGCUCCCAAUCCGCACAGCCCGUUGUCCAAAUCCAGGAGGAGGAGGAGAGCUCCGUUCUGUUUGCCGUGGAGAUCCCGAAGCCCAUCUAUCGCUUCUUCAAGGGCAUCUUCGGUGGUUUCUCCAACUGA